CACUCUAAAAUUAUUAUUAUUAUAGUACGCGCUUUCAAAUGUCAACUCCAUCACAGGUUGUGUAGUGUAAUGGCUAGCACUCGAGAUUCUGACUCUUCGGAACAUUCUCGCAAUCCCGGUUCGAUCCCGGGCACGACCUUAAUUUUUGUUUUUUCCUCCUAUGUUUUUUUGCAUGAUUCAAUAACAUCAACACCAACAACAACAACAACAACAAGAACAACAAAAAUAAAAAUAAUAAUAAUAAAAGGCCCUUAUUCCCGACCGCGCUCCCACUUUUGUUUCUCUGUUUGUUUGUUUAUUUAUUUCUUCCAUUCCCCACGCAUCGCCAUCGCCAUCGCCAUCGACAUCGGCACAGGUAUGGGUAAGUAGGUAAGCAUCAAUCAGCAAUCAGCAUCAGCAUCAGCAUCGCCCUUGGCCCCGCACCAUCUUCGUGUUCCAAUGCGAGGGACCCUGGGCACACCCACUCACUCCAAACUCCACUAACCGCCUUUUUUUUU